AUGUUUAACCAUUCAGCAGGCGGGUCUCGCCAUUCCAACAACAACGAGGAUCCGUCGUAUGGUUUCGCCGAUCAAGGAUGGCACAGGUUCACCAUGAACAACAAUAACACCAACAGCUUCGCGACGGGUCAUUCGCAACCGUACCAUGAUUCUAGCGUAUCUUACGGCGAAUCGUCCGGUAUGGACUGGGCCCCAACUCCGUCGGCGGAUUAUCAGAUGCGAUUCGAUCAGCAAGACUCCAUGUCUCAAGAUGUUGAACUCGACGAUAUGAGUUCUUCUCAUGAGGGAGGUGGAGGUGGCGUUGGCCGACUGGUUGCGCAUUUCGAGAACAAGUCCUUUGCGCCACCAUUACCUAUCAGACCAUCAAACGUCGUAACGAGUCCAGUACAUCAGGACCCUCCCGCUUCCUCGCCGUUUGGAAACUUCAGUGUCGCAUCGCCAAUCGUUACGAGCCCUCUGACCAGCCCUUCAGAGCCCAAUUAUGGACUUUUGAGUGGCCACUCACGAGUUACCAGUCCUCUCGUUAGCCCGCCGCCCGCUCUCGCUUUUGGCGGGUUUCAUGAUAUUCCAUCGGUUCACGGUUCAGGUAUGGGGUCGUCGUCCGGGCCCUUUGGAAGUAUGAACAGCUUCAUGGUCAACAACAAUAGAGUAACGACCCCAAUGGAAUCAAACCCCAUGGCUGGGUCAUCAAUGAUGCAUAAUUCAGCCUUCAACAACAAGGUUACUUCGUCCAAUCCAGCGACGCCAGGUGUCCCAGGUACACCUGGGUUCGCCAUCUGGCGACCACCCGUGCCAACGACCUCUAAGCCCUCUUUGGAUCAGCAGCAAGGUAGCAACGCUCUCUCAAAUGCUGGUGGUUAUUUUGCAAAGCCGCCAAUCCCCUCAACACCUAAGCCCGUGAUGAACGCCGGAAGCCAGCUGGUCUUGGAUUUCAACACCAAUUCCAGCUUUAAUGUCAAAGGCAAGGCUCCCGCGAAGCCGCCUGCGAAACCACCCAGGCCUACUCGGCAGCCCUCGCGAUCGUCGAUAUCCACACCAGCACCUUUUAGCCCUCCUAUUAAACGUGAACCCUCCACGCCGCAAUUAUCUCAAGCCUCAACGUCCUCCAUUGUUUCACCAAAUGAACGAAGAAGUUCGGUAUCCCAAAAACCACAAAUGGGAAGCCGCCCCUCAAGAGAACAGGUUCCCGCUGAAGCAUGGGAGUCGUUCAAAAACACGAUUCGAACACUGUACCUCGAAGAGAGGAAGCCACUUAAAGAGGUCAUGUCAGUCAUGGCCGACAAGUAUGGUUUCCAAGCCACGCCAAAAAUGUACAAGACUCGAUUCUCACAAUGGGGAUUCGUCAAGAAUAACACCGAGGACGAAGUCAAACGCUUGUUGUCCAUGAAGUUUCAACGUGAUGCUGAAGGAAAGGUGUCAGAAUUCGUUCGCAACGGAAAAGUUGUUAAUCUGGGUACAUAUCUGAAAAGGAAAGGCGUAACUGAAUAUGAUCUGGUCGAUUUCGAGUUACCGGCUGAUCUGCCGGCACAUAUCCGAUGUCGAACCCCAACUCCACCUCCCACGCCAGGUUACCUUCAGUCACCGGAUCUUAUCCGCGCUCAAGAAACAAUCGUCACCAAUAUGAGGAAGGCUUUCCUACAAUGCCGGCAAUUCGAGGUGGAAACAGAUGCUCAAGUUGGGUGGCAGUCGGUUAUGGUUUGGGGAGCCGGGUCCAGUGAUCUUCUCCUCGAAGCCAACUAUUAUUUCGAAAUGAAGGAUCACGAUCAAGGUGGUGACUUCUUGAUGAAGGCAUUCUCACAACUCGAGUCGGAUUUGAAGAAGCUUUCCCCACAAGGUAUCAUAGAGCUGCUUCUAGGCAUGGUUCAUCGUGAUCCAGGCAUGAUGACUGCGCUUUCCAAGUAUCUCUCGGCUUAUUCGAUGACCAACUUCGAGCGAUCGCAUCCCUUGCGGCAGAUCUUUGCCUGCUUAUAUGAGGUCCAGCAGAAGCAUGGCCCACAGACACUCUCGGAGCUACUGUGGGGAAGCAUAACCACUAUUGCUGAGGAACUGGAAGCUAUUUAUGGGCGCAAGCAUCCUUAUGUGGCUCGAACAUGGGUCGAUCUGGCCAUGUUCUACAACCACGUCAGCCAAGAGAGAUUGGAGAAACUGGUGGGAGAACUCCGACUUUUGCAGCGGCAAAUGGAGCAGCAACUUGGUGUCGAAAGUGCCGACGUUCUCGUAUUGCGAUAUACAAUUAUCCAGUUGAUGUUUGCAGCACGUCCUCAAUCCGACGCGACGAAACAAGCGACCAUCGACUUCUGGCAUCAUAUGAGAGGGAUGGGACUCCUCUUCCCUGUCCGUAGCCAGCAACCAAAUGUUUUCUGCUACCACAGUCCUGUCAAGGUAGAUCCUUGGACAAAGCGAUGUCGGCGUCGGUACGAGUCUGGUGUUUCGUUUCUUCAGGAACACGUCGGGGUUCGCGUCAUUGUAUACUUUGAGGAAGAUUUUCACACCACAGAGCACGCGCCGGAGCAUAUGCCACCACAGCAUCAACAGCGCCAAUAUCAACAGACCCACCAGCAUCAACACCAACACCAACACCAACACCAACACCGACAGUCGCAGCAGCAGCAGCAGCAGCAGCAGCAACGCCCACAACAAUUGCAGGCACAGGAUUCGUGGGCGGCCGCAAUGGAGCAGCACAUGUCGAGCUCAAAAUAUUCGUUCAUCUGA